CUGUGGGGCUGGCAGGAGACAAUGAUAGCAAGACACUGAGCCCCUUGUGCGGGAUCCCCCAGCCCCGCGGCUCAGCCGGGAGCUGCAGUGGGGACCCCGUGAGUCCCGGGAGCAGCAGCAGUGGGGGCCUGUGUGUCCCGGCAGGGAGGGACGGCUGCGACGGGCCCGGGAGCGCUGGCGAGGAGCUGCCCCGCGCCCGGCCCCGUGCGCUCAGCCCCCCUAGCUCUGCUCUCGCCCCCCGUCCGGGCGCUGCCGGGGAAGCCCCGGGGCCGCGGCCCAACGCCCCUUUCCUGGGCGGGAACGGGACGAGGCGUUAUAGGGCGGGCGGCGGCGCCGCGGGGCGCAGCCAUGAAGCGGCUGGGGCUGGUGGGGCUGCUGGGCGCCGCGCUGCUGGGGUGCUGGGAGCCUGGCGAUGCUGUAACGUGCUUUGAUAAGCAGUAUGAACACAAGGGCAGGUGCUGCAACCGGUGUCAGCCAGGGGAAAAGCUGGUUUCCGAAUGCAAUGGCACAGAACACUCUGUCUGCACCCGCUGUGAGAGUGGACACUACCAGCAGAGCUGGACCAAGGAGAGACACUGUGCCCCACACGAUAUCUGUGAAGACAACGCCGGCCUUGUUGUGAAGACACAAGGAAACACAACACACAACACAGUGUGCCAGUGCCAGUCUGGCAUGCACUGUUCUGAUAGAAGCUGCCAGACCUGUGUGGAGAACCAGCCCUGCCAGCUUGGCUUUGGCUUUGUGGCAGCCAAGGCCAUCGCCCAGAUGUCAUCCCCCUGCGAGCCCUGUGCUGAAGGCACCUUCUCCAACAUCUCUUCCAAAACUGAGCCGUGCCAUCCCUGGACAAGCUGUGAGGAAAAAGGGCUGGUGGUAAAGGUGAAAGGGACAAACACCUCGGAUGUGAUCUGUGAGUCGGGCAGACGCUCCUCGAUCUCAGUGCUGAUCCCCAUCACGGCCGCGGUUAUCACAUGCUUCGUGGGCCUCUGCCUCUACUGCCUGGUCCGCAGAGAUUCCAGGCGACGGGUGGAGAUGGAGAUAGAGGCCGGGAAGCCUGGAGAGAAUCUGAACCAGCGGCCUGAGGAGACAGACGACUUACCCGUGCAGGAGACCCUGCUUGGGGGCCAGCCUGUGGCCCAGGAGGAUGGCAAGGAGAGCCGCAUAUCAGAGCAGGAGAGGCUGUGAGGGUGCGGGGCACUGCCUCCGACAGGAGCAUGGACCAGGGUCAGCACCAUCUCCUCUGUCACCUUUCCAGCUGUGGAGGAAAUCUAACACCUGGCCUGGCUGCAAAUGCUGUGAUGCUGCCGUGGACUGUGGCAGCGUGACCGCUGUGGGGGUACCACAGCAGCGCCUGGUCACUGGCUGCCCAGGGCUGGGCCAGAGUGCAGGGUGGCUGCUCAGGUGCUGUGAGCCCCCACCAGAGCCACUGGCCCAGGGCUGCUGCGGUGCAGCAGAGCAGAGCUGCUCCCCAAGAGACCCCAGGGCUGGGCUUGGACUGCCUGGGUGCAGGGGAUGCCAGGGUGGAAGGUGCAGCUGCAGCUGACACUGUGGCACCGCACAGGUCAGUCACCUGCCCAGGGCGGCUGCUAUGGCACCGCACGGGCCCCACGCUGCAGCCGGUAAAGGCCGGUCCCGCUGUGCCGCCGGCACCCGCCGCCCUCCCCUCGGCGGGGUCCCCGCAGCAGCGCGCGGUGGCCGGGAGAUGGUGCUGCGGGGCCGCGCGGGGCGGCGGGGAGCGGGACCCCGCGGCGGGAGCCUGCGGGCGGGCGCGGGUGCCGGAUCCCGCAGCCCUGACGGAAGCGGAUGCGUGGCUCGCCCGGUGUGCGUGAGCCCCCGCAGCCCCCCGCGCCAGACAGCGAUGCUCCGGGGACCGCCGCUCGGGGACCUGUGCGCACGCCCGGAGCCUGGGCUGCUCCCCUGGUGCCUGCAGUCAGCAUCCCCUGAGGCUGCCGGGCGUUGUAGCAGCUCCCAGCCGCUGGCCACCUGCGAGAACGCACACGGGCUUCCAUCCAGCACAGUCCCAGCAGCGCCCUGGCCUCCACCCUGCAUCGCCGGACACUGAGUGUACCAGGUAGGGCUGCCUGCAGCAGGCAGACUCGGUGCACCUCACCUUGCCAGUCCACCAGCACAUCCACCCUGUGGGGCCCAGCUCGCUGCAGGGCAGCCCUGCGGGGUGCUGGGGAGGCAGCAGCAGAGCUGCCACGGGCCCUGGCUUGCUGGCAUGGGGCUGACAGCAGCGCUGAACCCAGCGCAGGUAACAGAAGCAGCUGCAGCCGCUGACCUGCCAUCACCCGAGUGCCUGCAGUGUGGCAUAGGAAGGGCCAUAAAUCCCAGAGCCAGGAGCAGCUGGAACACGGAGCGACUUUUACUGUAAAGGCAGUGGCACAUUAUUUAAGGCUCCUCUUAAAACCUAAUGUUAGGUUUAAUAGAGGAGAUAAAAGCAUGUCAGCAGCUCUCCCUUUCAGGGCUCUGCGCUCCCAGCAGUGCUGACAGGGGCUGGGCAGCAUCACUUCAGCACCAGCCCACUGCAAGCCCUGUCCUGGGGACAGAUGUGACCGCAGUUCCUGCGGGUCCUGCCAGAGACACAGAGCCUUGGCCCCAAACAUGAAGCCUUUGACCCCAAAAAUUCCGCUGCAAAGGAGCGUCUGCCCACAUCUGCCCCAGGCUACAGACUGGCCCCUUUGGCGCCGCCUCCCCGGUGCUGACCCCUCCAUGCCAGCACACAGCACACUCAGUGCCUGCUCCCGUGUCUCAGACCUGUGUCGUCUCAUUAGCGUGUCUGUCCCCCAAAGUGAGGAGGGAGAGUGCAUGAGACCUAAUUGAAUGUAACUAAUUAUUCACUCCGCAAAUGCUCUGUUUAAAUGGGAUUGUGAGGGACAGAAUUACUCAUUCUGAAAAGGGGAGAGAAAGAGGGAAAGACAGGGAGAAAACAAACAGAGGCGGAUGCUGGAGCUGCAGCUCCCUCUCUCCCCAGAAUACCAAUUACCGGAUGAAGUGAUUGUAUAAAUCUUUACCGAGUGAACGAACUGUACUAGUCACUUACUCCUGUCCUCUUAUUACAAGGAAGCAAUGAAAAAUCAUCCUGCUCUCCCAUCCAGUAAUGGGCUCCCUGUUACUGUCGUGGCUGCCAUCCGCAGCCAGAGAGCUCAUCCCAGUGCUUCCCUGGGGCUGAGCACCUGCCAGGGACAUGCUCUGCACCCCUUGCCCCAGGGAGCUGUGAGGCUCCUGCCCCAGUGACAGCCACUGGGACACAUGGGCUGGUCAAGGACCCCAAUGCCACACGAACAGCAGCUCCCCCAUGGAAUCCCUCCGUGCCUGGUAGAGGGGCAUUCCAGGCUUGCACCUGCAACUUUCCUGCCUUCCUCUUCAGUGGGUCCAUCACUGCCAGGCUCCCAGCUCCUCCCUGUGGACUCCCAUAUGCUCAGAGACUUCUCCAAGUGCUUUCUGCUCUGGGUGCUUCCUGACCCCUUCCCAUGCCAGUCAGCGCUUCCCACUCCCUGGCAUCUGCUCCACAGGGUUGGAGAAGCACACUCAUGAGCAGCAAUCUCUAUCGCUCUUCCCUGACACAUCAUCUAAUUCCAGAUCCCUCACACAGCUUCCUCCAAACACACCCAUUUCUGUCCUCUGCAGCCAUGAGCAAUGGGAGAGGAGGUCCUGGCCAUGUGGAGCAGGGCAGGCUGACAGGCUGAGCCCUGCACUCUUCCCAGCAGCAGGGAGCACCCACACUCUGGGGUGCUGCUGGAUGAGCUGGUGAGGACCCAGCCAGUCCCAUGCUCCCCACAAGCAACACUGGGACACCCCUCACUGCGAGGCACCCAGAGCCCUGGGGGAUAGUUUACUGUCACAAAUACCACCUGGUCUCCAUGACUUGCUGCAGCCAAGGAGGGACUGCGUGGGCACCCUGAGAUCCUGUGACACUGCAGGUGCUGCAGCUCCUGGGCUUGGCCAGGGGGUGAGAAACUGCUGGAGGAGUUGUGCAAUUGGGUUGCUGUGGGGGAAAACAGACUGUCAGCAGGGAGGAGACAAAAGCUCCAGCCUGUCCUGUCUCGCACUGGAUGGGGAUUUGAUUGUUGCCAGCAGCGAGUUUCAGUGCACAGGAGAUGUGGGUGUGAGGGAGAGAUAACAUCAUCAUCAUCAUAACAAAUGCAGCUGUGCAGCUCCAGUCUGUGCUUACUGGCUUUCUUCUGUUUAUCUAUAAAUAAUUGCAGGGACACAAUAGACUUUUAAGACUGCCAAAGAGUUUGUCUCCCUCCAGCAACCAUAUUGCCACAG